UAUAGCUUUCUCCGAUGAGAAACGAAUGCAAAGAGUUUAAGAAGAAGUUGACUUUAGUUCACAAGAAGUUACGCAGUUGUGAUAUUAAAAUGAAUGCAUGCCGAUAUUAAUGUCUUUAUGAAGUGUAAUUAAAAUGUGGAUGAUGUAUCUCACGUGGAAUUAUCGAGAACAGCGUUUGUGUGAGGUGUUGCUGCAAACAAUUGUCGGAGUGCCCUGUCUUUGAAGUAUAUAUUUGUAUACGUUAUUGGCCCAUUUAGGCUAGUUGCUAACUAAUUAGUUGUAAAUGUGUAGACACUAAAUGAAUGGAAAAAUAUGUCUAACCCAGGCGGCAGCAGGAGAAAUGGGGCUAUGAAAAUACGCCUAACAAUUCUUUGUGCCAGAAAUUUGGCCAGGAAAGACUUAUUCAGACUGCCCGAUCCAUUUGCCAAGAUCAGUGUGGAUGGAUCGGGCCAAUGCCACAGCACUGACACAUGCAAAGCAACUCUUGAUCCUAAAUGGAACCAACAUUAUGACCUUUACAUUGGUAAAGGUGAUGGUAUUACAAUCAGUGUGUGGAACCACAAGAAAAUACACAAGAAGCAGGGUGGAGGAUUUUUGGGCUGUGUCCGUAUCAUGUCCAAUACAAUUCAGCGCCUUAAGGACACAGGCUAUCAGCGGUUGGAUCUGUGCAAAGCAAGUUCAGAUGACCCUGAACCAGUGAAGGGUCAGAUUGUGGUGUCACUGCUGUCGCGGGAUGGACAUGGAGGCAUGGCUGGAGGAGGUCAUAAUGCUGUGGUGGAUCCACUGGGUGAUCUUAGUUGCCCUGAGGAUCUGCCAGAGGGCUGGGAAGAACGAAGGACUCCUGCUGGACGGUUGUACUAUGUAAACCAUCAUACACGAACCACACAAUGGGUUAGACCCAAUAGGCCACAUUACAAUGGAAUUAUCCCAACGCACAACUCACCCUCAGGUUCAGGAUUAUCCAGCACUGGUGAGCAGAAUAUCUGUGUUUCUCCAGAUGUGAGCGUAGUGAUCAACCAAACCACAAGGGAUGCAUUGCGUAGCAGUAACAACAAUAAUAACAACAAUAAUAGCAGUAGCAGUGCAAGAGAGCAACGUGAACAGAGGCGCAAUAUGCGGAUUCCAGAUGAACUUCAGAAUGGUAGUAAUCGCCGAGACAGUGCAGGAAGUCAGAUGUCUGCAUCAAGACGACGUGCAUCAAGACAGCAGCGAAAUUCACAGCACCAGCAGCAGAACGGAAGCAGCUCCACUGGUCGUGUCCAUCAGCCUAGCCAGCCCGGUGACCUGCCUCCUGGUUAUGAAUUACGCACAACACAACAGGGGCAAGUUUAUUUCUACCACAUCCCCAGUGGAGUGAGCACAUGGCAUGAUCCCCGCAUUCCUCGUGAGCUUUCAGUGGGCUCUAGUGACCUACUGGCUGAGCUUGGACCAUUACCUCCUGGUUGGGAAAUGCGUCAGACUGCUACUGGACGGAUCUAUUAUGUGGACCACAACAAUCGCACAACACAGUUCACGGAUCCUAGACUCUCUGGUUCUGUCAUAUCCAGCCUCAUGAAGAAGCAGAACAUACCUCCGUCUUCCUCUCUAGCAAGCCAAGUAGCUGUAGCAACAAGUAGUGCCACUAUGUCACCAUCACCACUGAACAAUGGCAAUGUCCGUGUAGACCCUGUAGGGAGUGAGAACUGUAGUUCUGGUUUAAGUUCUCCAUGCAACAACAAUCCAUCUAGCUCUAGCCUUAGUUCAAGUUCCACUUCUACUGUACCUUCCCCCACCAAUAACAAUAGUGUCAUGGACCAGUCUAAUGGAUGCACGGUGGCAGAAGGCUGCAGUGGAAACACUACUGUUGAGCUUGCUCCUGUUGUGAGAAUGGGCGAUCUUCCUAAAGAUCUGUUAGACAGUGAAAGUCUCCCCAAGUACAAACGUGACCUGGUGGCUAAGCAGAAGGCUUUGAGAGCAGAGCUGCAAGCUUUGCAACUUCAGAGUGGCCACUGCCGCCUGGAAGUGUCCCGCACAGAGAUAUUUGAGGAAUCCUACCGAUUAGUAAUGAAGAUGCGGCCAAAGGAUAUGCGGAAGCGACUGAUGGUAAAAUUCCGUGGAGAAGAAGGGCUCGACUAUGGAGGUGUGGCAAGAGAGUGGUUGUUUUUACUGAGUCAUGAAAUGCUGAACCCACAAUAUGGCCUGUUUCAAUACUCCCGUGAGGACAAUUAUACCCUUCAAAUCAACCCAGACAGUAGCAUCAACCCUGAGCAUCUGUCUUACUUUCACUUUGUGGGGCGUAUCAUUGGCAUCGCAGUGUUCCAUGGUCAUUAUAUAGAUGGGGGCUUCACCACUCCCUUCUACAAAAUGCUGCUCAACAAACCUAUCACUCUGGAUGACAUCGAAGGUGUUGAUCCUGAGCUGCACCGUAGCCUAACAUGGAUGCUGGAGAACAACAUUACAGGCGUCAUUGACACAACAUUCUCUGUAGAACACAACAGUUUUGGUGUAUUGAGGGUACAUGAACUGAAGCCUGGUGGUCGGGAGAUAGUGGUUACAGAGGAAAACAAGAAAGAGUAUGUCAAGCUGUAUGUUAACUACCGAUUCAUGCGUGGUAUUGAACAACAAUUCCUAGCACUUCAGAAAGGCUUUACAGAGUUGAUCCCAAGUCAGUUAUUACGACCUUUUGAUGAACGUGAGUUGGAGCUCGUUAUAGGAGGUCUUGGCUCUAUUGACAUUAACGACUGGUGCAGCAAUACUCGACUCAAGCACUGCACUCCUGAAACACCUGUGGUGCGAUGGUUCUGGAAAAUAGUUGAAGAAUAUGGAGAGGAGAUGAGAGCAAGACUUCUUCAGUUUGUAACCGGAAGCUCUCGUGUGCCUCUUCAAGGAUUCAAAGCCCUGCAGGGUUCAACAGGCGCAGCCGGUCCUCGUUUGUUUACAAUUCAUGUAGUGGAUGCACCAAUGGAAAACCUUCCCAAGGCACAUACAUGCUUCAACCGCAUUGACAUCCCUCCAUAUCAGAGCUAUCAGAAAAUGUAUGAAAAACUCACCCAGGCUGUUGAAGAGACAUGUGGUUUUGCUGUUGAGUAGCAACAAACAACAAUAUAGUAAUAGUAGUUCUGUUUGUUGGGAUGUGACUGUGUGAAUACUGUAUAGUGGCAAUUGUAAAGAUGCCAUGUUCUGUCUGUGAUGGGAUCCUGUGAAAUGAAAAUCUUGACAGCCCUUUGAUUGGUGCAGGAAGGCAUGGCAUCUUGUGGUACUGAGAUUUGUUAUAUUGUCUCAGACAUGUUUUUAAGUGGGAUUUCGCUCUAAAUCCUGCUCUGUACAUUUUACUCAGAAUAUCCUGAAUGUGUUGUUAAGGGCUGCUGAUCAUGAUGCUAGCUUUCAAGAGAAGCUUGGUAAAGGAAUGUGGCUGACCAUGGUACUCCUUAUGUUCAUACUUCAAGAGGAGCUCAGUUGGGGUGUUUGGCCAGUCAUGGGUGCCCUUUAGCUUAUGUUCAGCCUCAAGUCAAUGAGAUUAGCAGAAAGAAGGGUUAUAUUUAACAUGUCUGUUGGAAUUUUAUCAUUCUUGGGAACAUAGCUGUUCUUUCCAUGUAGAUAACUGAUGGAUGGACAAAGUCUGUAUUGCACACAUGAGACACUGUUAGCAUAUAUCUUUAGUUUUUUUAGCAGGUGUGCAAUGAGCAGUUCCAGUUAUAUGGUUUGUAGUGGAAGGAUCUCUGAUAUUUAAACUAACACAAAACAGAGAUCAAGAAAUAUGCAUAGGAAAGUAGUAGUUUUUUUUCCUGCACAGUGGUCAUAUUGGUUUCUCAGUUUAAGUCAAUCAGAUGUACAGUAGAACACUGAUUAUCUGAACGCCGAUUAUUCAAAUUUCCAAUUAACCAAAUCACCGCAACCAUGGAAUGUGUCUCCUAAACAAAUGCCAUUGUUGAAUUUCUUCAAAUAAAGUGUCUAAAAAUGUUAAUUUAUGUUUACAUUUAUUAUUUUUUUAUGUUUUACAUGUUUUAAAGUUUUUUAGUUUGUAUUGUUAUAAUAAUACAGUACAUUGUAGUAGUGUUUUUAUGGAUAAGAAUUAAAUCUAGUUAUCCAAAUUUUUGAUUAUGUGAACCACCUUUGUUAUUAAUUUGGAUAGUCAUUGUUCUGCUGUUUAUUUGUUUCAUUGAACUUCUGGGGAAGGUGUUUAACUUUGUAUCAUUCUCUUUAGGUUUUUACGUAGCUGAUUCCAAAAGUAAGGU